AUGAGAGUUAACAUCUCAUCAGAGCGGCAGACAAAGCCGGAGAAGCGCCUCAUGAAGACAGCCGUACCGAAGCACUGCAGGCCUGCCGGCAUCACAUCGGCUACCGUGGGGUACUAUGUGCUGAUCCUGCUGUCAUCUUUCUGGGCUGCACUCAGCGGCACGGACGGAGGCCUCGGAUCCGAAGGAUCCGAGUCUGAGGGCAGAGGGAGCUGUUCCCAAGUGUGCCAAGUUCUGCAGGGCUGCGUGUGGCAACUGCUGUUGGGGCUGGCGACCGGCUACGCGGGCAAAGAGAAUCCACAAGCAGCUGCGCUAGUGGCCUGCCUCGUGUCGGGUGCAGCCCUGGGAGCGUGCCAGGAGGGCGGGGAACCAAAGCUGGCGUUGAGCGUCAGAGGCUGGACUUUUCCUCAUGCUCUGUGGAUAUGCUUCGCUCAGUUUGCUAUCGUCUUCAUUCUGCAGUUCAGAGGGGCCGAAGGCCUUGAGCUUGCCUGGAUGCUGUCUUUGCUGGCCAUGAUGCUGUCAGCUUACAUUGCCUAUGUCCAACUGUUUCUGCGCACCCAGACUGGGAUGCGCUAUUGGAUCCUCACUGCAUGCAGCACCAGUCUGCUUGUCACACUGACCCUGGCCUAUGUGCAGCUGCUCGGGAAAGGCGAGCCCAGCUGCUUCGAGGACUGGGAGGCGUUUUUAGCACUGCGCUUCAACCGAGCCUGUGCCUUCGGCGGCGCCGCCUUCAUCUGCAUCAUGUACGCCUUCCACGAACUCGCCCCGGGUUGCCCAAUCCAACGCGUUACCUUCCUUGGGAUCUUUAUUUGUCUCUUGACCCCCGGCUUAUCUGCUGUGCUUGGCCGAGACCUUUUGUAUGGACCUUGGGGAAUGUUCGCUGGCGACAAAGACGACACGAAGCUCACCCCCUUUGGAUACAUCGUCCUCGCGCUGGCUUUGCCAGUCGCCCUAUGGAUGUGCGCUCGGAGUGCCUGGCCCGGGAGCAAACUUCCGGGGCCUGAAGUCAUGGGCAUGGGAUGGGAUCAUCGCGGCCCAUCUGCCACCCUGGCAUUGGUUCGAAUCCUCAUUGCUUACUGGUUGGUGGUGAAUCCAGAUUGGGGCGGGGAAACGCCCAUCAUGAUGUGGUACGCACCAGAUCAAUGGCCAGGAGGAGGCGUGAUGACUCUGGUGCUGGUGCUGGCACUGGCGUGCCUGGCCCUGGGCAUCUUCUCCCCUAUGGCCGCGGCUCUGGCAGCUGCAGGCUUUUGCUUGGGUUGCACUCGCGACGGCUUCGACCCUGAUUGCCCGACGCAACAUGCAGCUAUGGUGCUGCUGAUCCUGGCCUUUACUCCCUGCGACGAGUGCUUCUCCUUGAAGUCGGUCUCGGAGCGCUUUCUGCCAGGGUGGUGCACACGUGGCCGUGGUGGCGGCUCUCUCUGGGCUUUGUCCUUGCUGCGCCUGCAAAUGAGCCUCCUUUACUUCUGGGCCGGCGAGUUCAAAGCGAAAAUCUCCUGGGUGCAGGGAUCGACCUUGUAUCGCGACGUCGCCAUCCUGGAUACAUCCCCUCUCAAAGGCCUGUGGCAUUUUAUUUUCUGGACGGAGCCGAUGCGGCGAAGCGUUACCACGGUCCUGGCUUGCUCCGCCCUCGCUCUGGAGCUUUUGCUGCCCUUCUUGCUCUGGAGCAAGAGCUUGCACAUCUACACCGUGGCCCUCGCAGCCUCCAUGCAUUUCGGAAUGACCCUGCUGGCGGGCCAACUGGGAGGCUUCUCCCAGAUCUGCUGGAUCACCCUCUUGGGCAGCCUCCAGGACAAAAGACUCGAGGAUCUGCUGCAGGACCCGCGAAACUUCGCUAUCGGAGUGCUUGGGGGCAUUGCCUUGAUGGCCUGCAUAGGGGAUGCCUUUGAAAUUCAUGGUGAGCCGUAUGGGACGCUGGACCCAGCAGGACAGAGAGAGGCUGACACAUUGAUGGUCAAUGAGGGUUUUUGA